AUGAAGGUCGUCUCUACCUUUCUUCAAUCUUCAUCCGUCGUAUCAUCUGUAAAAUGCCGUCUAGCUUCCAGAGAUCUCGAGUACCUGGUAGUUGCCAAACUUAAUCAACUCAGUGUCUACUCCCUGAGGCCCCAUGGCCUCCAACACGAAUGCACCCUCAACAUAUGGGGGAAGAUCUGCUCUGUGAAAGCACUUCCGCUUUCUGAUUCGGGUUACGAUACGCGUUCCAAUAUCGCACUAAUGAUUACUCAUCCUGAGCCUGAGCUUAUAAUCUUAGCCUACAGAGAAGAUGAAAAUGGAGAAGGAAAACUAGUUGUCAACAAACAGAUAUCUCUGUAUGAGCGAUUGCCUCGGGUUGCCGAGUUCUUCACAGACUUUCUGGUACAUCCGUCGGGCAGGUUGGUGGUCGUCAGCUGCUAUGCAAGUAAGCUCAAGAUCGUCACCUUCAAGGGAGGGAAUUACCAGCAAGAUUUUGAUGUUUCUUUACCCGAAAUCAAUGUCUUUUCCUACGCCUUCUUACCAACUCUGGACGAUGAAUACGCGCUUGCAAUCCUCCAUUUUGAUUUCCAGGAACGUUUACAGCUCUGUGCACGCGACAUAGAUCUCGAUGCUUUUGAACUCUCUGCCCAGUUCUCGAUUUUACUGCAACCAACAGUGAUUUCUGAUAAAGUUGUACCCUCCCCGUUGGAUUCUCCCCCUCGUCUAAUCCCAGUACCACCCACCACAACAGAGGAUGGCGACAUUCCAGAGGACGCUUUUCUUGGAGGUAUAUUGGUAGUUGGGGGCAAACAAAUAGCAUUAUAUGAGUUGGCUUCUAAAGAAAGCCAAGAAAAAGAAAGAGGAAAGCUGAAACGGCUUGACUCCAAGAAAAAAAGUAACGAUGCUGUUGAAGUCUCAAAGGCCAGAACAAAAGAGAUGGAACGCGCAAAUCGCAGAAGAAAGGCCACAGCCAUGGUCGAUUGGCCUUGGAGUGAGAUCACCGCCUGGUGCAAUGUUGAUGGCACUUCUCGUUUUCUUAUCGGAGAUUAUUUCGGCAGGCUUUCCAUGCUUUCUUUGGACAACAUCAAGGAAUGGGGGAUGAUUCUAAUCCCACUUGGAGAGACAUCACAAGCGACGACGUUGACCUACCUAACUAAUCAGAGUGUCUACGUAGGGUCACAUGCUGGCGAUUCGCAACUGCUAUGCAUCUCUGAAACACCCACAACUUCGAACCCACAAUCGACACUAGUUACUCCUCCUGAAAUUGCAAAAACAACACCGGAUAAUCUAACCAAAAUAUCUUCAAAAAAGGGUAAACAAAAGGCUCUUCCAGACGACAGUGCGAUGGAUGUAGAUGAUGAGCAAAGUGUCUCUGCGCCCGAUUAUGCGAAAGGACGUGUUGUAGCGCCCCAAGGUUCCUUUAUUAAGAUCUUGGAGACUUACAAGAACAUUUCACCAAUCUUGGAUGCUAUUUCAGUGGAUACUGAUGGUAUUGGCCAGAAUCAAAUCGUAACAUGCAGUGGCCUCGCCAACACGGGAGCCAUAAAUAUUGUCAGAAAUGGUGCUGACUUCAAGGCGCUUGGUUUUGUCCCAGGAGUGCUCAACAUCACGCGUAUCUGGUCGGCUCGUACCGAUCGUGCUCAACAAUAUGAUACGCAUUUGCUAGCCUCGACGGUGAAUGAGACACACUGGUUCUCUAUACACAAUUCACCAAACUUGAGUCUCAAAUUUGAAGAGGAAACGACACUCUGUCUCAAACGUAAUUUACCAACAUUAGCGUUUGCCAACUUUUCCAAGCGCAAUAACGGCGGAUAUAUAGACAGUGGUCUAUUUGUCCAGGUUGUGCCGACUGGUGCUUUCCUAUUUGAAUGGGACCCAUCCGUGGAAACCUUUAUCGAAAAGGAUUCAUGGGAAGUCAAAAAUAUCGUCACAGUGGACAACAGGCCCCUUGAAAUUGUAUCAGCCAGUGUCAAUUCCAGCCAGGUUGGACUAGCGUUGAGCGGCGGCAAAUUGGUGAUUCUUUGUAUAGAGACUGGUGCCUUGCGAUUCCGGAAACUCAUGGAUCAUGUAACGCACUCUGAAAUUUCCGCCAUUACAUUCUUGCCACUGGAUCCAACAAAGAAAUUUUCGACUUAUCUGACGGUGGCGUACUGGGGCUCCAACGUCAUUCAAGUAUUUGCUUUACGCGAAGGACGUCUGGUCACUGACCAGCCUCUGAGAUCACCUCCUUUACCGGCAGUUGUUCGUUCCUUGCUUUUGUACAACUUUGGUACCGAUACCAGUGCAAAAGGGGCCGACUAUCAUCCAUACCUUCUUGCUGGUCUUGGUAAUGGGUCGGUGGCAACUUUACAUUGGAAAGGAGGCGUUUUACAAGAUUUGAAGGUCAUUUCUCUGGGGAACGCACCUGUUAACCUGACGCCAUGCGAAGUGGAUGGAAAGAAAACGGUGUUUGCUGCUGGAAAUCAAGCCACCGUGUUCUUUUGUGAUAAGAACCGUUUAACCAAUUCUGCAAUUAUGCUAAAGGCAAUUUCUGCGGCCUCUAGCUUUAAUACCGGUACAUUUGGAAAGGCUUUGGUUCUUGCUGCUCCUACUGGAUUAUUCAUAGGAUGCAUCAAAGAUCUCGACAAAUUGCAUAUUAGAAGUUUCCCUCUUGGUCUAUAUAAUCCCCGCCGAAUCACGCAUGAGUCUUCCCUGAAAGCGUUUGGGGUAGCUUGCACUCGCACGGUUCCAUAUAGGCUCGGAAACAUUGAGCCGAAUGAAAGCUCUUUCCACUUAUAUGAUGAUACCACUCUUUCCGAGCUUGGGCGGUACAAUUGUGAUACUGACGAAGAAAUUACUUCCGUUGCCUCUCUCAGAAUACAAGUUCAAGGAGAAGAGAAACCCCUCUUCUGCCUCGGAACUAUGAUCUACAAAUCUGAAGAAAACGAACCCUCGGUUGGCCGACUCCUCGUGUUCACAGCAUACACGCCCUCAAAUUCAACCAAAACCUCGACUUUAGAGCUGUCGUUACUUGCCUCAACCAAAGUCGAAGGAUGUGUUUAUGCACUUUCUAUAGUCAACGGGAAGUUAGUAGCUGCAGUGAAUUCUUCUAUUGUUAUGUAUCACGUGGAUGUUACCACAGAAGAUGUUACAGUACCAACAUACAGUUUGAAGAAACUCGCGGAAUGGAAUCACAAUUACUUGGUAACAAGUUUGGGUACAUUCAACAACCGUGUUGUCGCAGGAGAUCAUAUCAGCUCUGUCUCUAUGUUGAAGGUUGAAGACAACAAGCUAUUAUCUGAAGCUAGAGAUUAUGGACCUCUUUAUCCACUAUGCGUGGAAGCUUUGGAUGAAUCGAAUGUAAUUGCUUCAAAUGAUACCCUUAAUUUUGUUUUGUUCAAAUUGGUAGAUAGCCUUCGAGGUAAGAUGUUGGAGACUGUUGGGUUGUAUCAUGUUGGUGAUAUGGUGUCGAAGUUUAUCCGCGGUUCACUUUCAACAACAGAACAAAGCAGGGAGUCUAUGAUUAAGCCUGAGGUCAUCUUCUUCACUGCCUCUGGGAAGAUUGGAGUUAUCUCCGAUGUCGAAGAUCACACUUUGUCGUUACAUCUCACCGAGUUGCAGAGGAACCUGGCUUCAGCCUUACCAGGUGUUGGUAACCAAAGCCACACCAGAUUCAGGGCACCUAAGAACACCCGAGGACUUAGUGACUCUGACACUGCAGCAUAUGGUUUUGUGGAUGGUGAUUUCCUGGAAGAAUUCCUUGGUGUGCUUGACUCCCCCGACAUCCUGGAGAAAGUCAUGAAGGGAGGAAGUGCACCAGAGAAGCUAAAAUUGACGUCAGACGAGAUUAUAAAGAUCUUACAGCAACUUCAAAGCUUGCAUUGA